AUUCGGCACAUUAGGCAACAGGAAGGCUCGAAUAGUCAUGCCGUACAACAGGGGGAAGUGUCUUCUUCGAAUCCUAACAUACUGUCCAACGAUCAAGUUGGUCCUGUUUUACUCGAGGCGCUAGAUGGCUUUCUAUUUGUUGUAAAUACGGAGGGACGAGUGGAGUACGUAACAGAUAACAUAACGCAGUACAUAAAUUACACGAAGGACGAUGUGCUCGGCAAGGAUAUUUAUAAUAUUAUUCAUCAUGGAGACCACAACACCUUCAUGCCGAGCUUGUUGCCUAUGCCAUUAGGCUGGACGAACGAGCAGCAGCCCCAAAGGAACCGUACCUUCAAUUGCCGCUUCUUGGUGAAGCCUCCCGAUGAUAAAGAAGAGACUAUGGAAGAGAAGCAGCAACGAGUAUCGAAAUACGAGUCUAUGCAAAUCUGUUCAGCUCUUUUGCCAAAUAAUAGCGAUCGUCUGGAGAGCGGUGACGUAUCCUCUGAAUCUUCGGACAACAGUCCUUGCGUAAUGUGCGUGGCUCGCAGGAUACCCCCGAACGAGAAGUCCAUUGGUCCGCCCAUCGAGCAGUUCACUGUCAAGUUGGACACCACGGGGAAGAUUAUCGCGGUUGAUGUUAUCUGGUUGUCGCCUCCUUACUCCGAGUACCUAAGCAAGGAGCUGAUUGGCACUACGAUAAAGGACUUGUGCCACCCUCAUGAUCUCAGUAAGCUAACUGCACAUUUGAACGAUACGCUUCAAGUCGGAGAGAGUACCAGUGGUGUGUACCGACUACGCGUUAGUCCUGAUAAGUUCCUUAACAUUCAAACAAAGUCAAAGCUUUUCAAAGCAAAUGUGAUGAAUACACUUGUUACCGACUUCAUUAUGGCCACCAAUACCAUCAUUGGGGACAAUGACUUAACGCCUAUCGAGGGUGGUCAGCUUUCCAACAACAAAGUGUGCUCCGGACACUCUAGUAACCGUUGUGCGAAUAAUAGUAAUAAUAAUAAUGGUAACAAUAACAAUAACGUGGGUGGCCCGCUGAUGUCCGUGGCGCAUCUAAACGGUCAAGUGAGUGGUAUCAGUAGUCGGGGGUUGGCGGGCACGUCGUCGCACACCGGUUCCGGCGCGACAUUGUCAAACUCGAUAGUGUUUAACGCGGCCGAGUCCUGCACCCCCCUGCCGUCGCUAAGUACCAGUAAUCCGUUCAACCACUUUUCGGGGAACAUGGACUUGGAAUUCGAGCUCUUCCCCAGUUCCACGUGGGACUUGGAUAGUAGCAGCGGGUGGGCAGAUAGGCCCGAAUCGAGAGCGAGCGGGCCACCAAACUCACGACCAUCUUCCCAGCCAGCCCCGACAUCUCCGAGUCCCCAGGGAACGUUCUCCUCUAAUUCGGCGGUGGCGCCUCACUGCAGUCCCCUACGCGCGUUCAGCCCGACUUCAGGCAACGCGGCUCACACCUUCAGUAAUUCGUUCCCCUUCAGUCCGCUUCAGGAAUCACAGACGUCCUCCUUGACGAACAGCGCUGCUAGUAGUGUUAGUGCCACCGGAGCAGCAGCCGGAUUGACGCCCAAGAGACAGGAUGAAGGGAAGACCGGAUGCUCGACCACCAACCAAUCCACCAUGGAGAGUAGCAACGCGAGAAACAACGCGGGCUCCGUCGCUGGAACAGCAGCCGCAGCCGCGGCUGGCCAAACAGGAGUCUCCGCGGCCGUUGUCGAAACUCAGAACAGUGUUGUGUCCACCGAGUCCGGUAGACUGAGAGACUUGUUGACCAAGGGGACUAGUGCUAGUGAGGACAGUCAGGACAAUGCGAAUAACGAUUCCGAGAGCCAAAAUAAGCAUAGGAUAUUAAAGAUCUUGUUGAAUCAGCAAGACGAGGACGAUUUUCAUCCGGAGCAUAAUAAUAAAGUGCACACGAGUCCUAGCAACAUGCCGAAACCGAGCAUGGAGCAUUCGAAACCUUCGCUUGGAAAUAAUAUGCUGUUACAGAAGCUAUUAAACGAAAAGAACGACGACGAGGACGAAGAAGCUCGCGCCGGAUUGAAGAAGAGGAACGAACUCCUACAAGAGCUUCUGAAAGACCAAGAUGACGAGAGGAAAGUACAAGGGCAACAGUGUAAGUCACAAACUCGGGAAGAGGAUUCUCUGUUGCGAAGUCUUGGAUUCCGGAACACCACGCCAUCACCGUCUCAAUCGAGCGACAACGUUGGCCUCGGUGGCACCACUCAGGUCGGUCAGAAGAGACCUGGCGAAGACGGUGACUUGAAUAUAGCAGCGAAACGACCCAUGGAUGGGUCACACCAAGUAUCCUCUUCCGGCACGUCAACCAAUGCCACCAGCAAGCUCUGGGAGAGGAAUAAGAUGUUAGCUUCGUUAUUGGCUAAGCAGCCUCCUCAGCCAACCACUAUCCCACCAAUACCUGCGUCUGUGAUAUCGGCAACGCCUCAGGAUAAGCUGGUUCGCCUAGGAUUGAAAUCGCAACAGCCGCAGCAGCAAUCACAGUCACAGUCCCAGCCACAACCGCAGCAGCAACAACAACAGCAGCAGCAACAACAACAACAGCAGCAGCAGCAACAACAGCAGCAGCAGCAACCUUGGACAGGUGGCAGCAUGCAGUCGGUUGGUGGCAAUAACACGAUUACGACAACCGCUACUACCACACGAACUCCUCUCCAAAGCCAGUCGAGACAACUACCUCGUCAAACAACCAAUACCUACCUCACUCAUAUGCUAAGUCAGCAACAAAGACCUCAAAUGGGUCAAAUGGAUUCGGAAUUUGCGGGCAGCGGGGAGUAUCGUCAAAGGAGCACCGAUCCUAGUAGUUGGAAUAACCAGUCAUCAGACCCUGAUCUUUCCGAUAUUUUAGAUCAAGUUAUUGAGAUCGUACCGGAUGAAGCUAUUACAGAUUCGUCUGCGAUAGCAAAUCUCCUAGAUGUAAUCGAAACGCCGCAGGACAACGCGCUGAACGAGAAAAUGGCGAUUAACGCGAUACAGAAGUCGUUGAUGUUAUGCGAGACUGCCGUAAAUCCAACGUCUUCCACCAUAACAAUUCCUGGCACGCCUCCAGCUUACUCCACCGCAUUGGGUACCACACCUGUAACGACGAGUCAUAGUUACCAACCACCACCGAUGUAUCAGCAACAGCCAAGGAUGAGGUUUAACACGCAACCAGGCGUCAGGCAGACGACCGCUCAAUUCACGCAGCAGCAACAAUUACAGUUGCAGCAACAGCGAACGAAACUGAUACAGCAGCAGCAGCAGCAACAAUUGAAGCAGAGGUUGUUGCAGCAACAGCAGCAGCAGCAAUUACUCAUUCCUUCCAAUGCUACAGCUACGGACCAAAUUACCACCGGCAUUCACAAUAUCGAUAAUCUUCUAAACAAUACUGUUGCGCCAAAUGUAUCGUUGCAGCGGUCGAGUGUCCCAGAUUCACAAGUGUCUCCAGGUUAUGGGGGAUCCGUCCAGAUGCCUUCCGGUCACCGACUUGCUCAUUCGUACUCUCAUCCUUCAACGUUACCACAACACCCUAUCGUAAACAGUAAUUUUAACAGUGGUCAACAAGUGUCUGCGGCUGCACGACUCUCGCCGCAUUCUCCCGCUGGUAUUUUGUCAUUCUCACAUCCGCAGCCGCUGUCACCACGAGUGACGCAAGGCAACUAUGGUAAUACCCCGAGGUUAUUCGCCGUUAACCAGGUGAGAUCGCAACAACAGCCUACCGCUCAGCAGCAGUUGCAGCAACAACAAAGAUCGAUGCCGUCGCCAGGGACACCAGCAUCUGCUCGGCAAUCUCCGUUUCCGGCGGAAACCUUUCCCCCACCUACGUCUCCUACAGCUAGCCAAUUUCCACCUGGUCCUAAUCCUGGUGCACCAAAUCCUUCAGCCCAAUAUCGGUUGCAACGGACCACGUCUACACCUUCAGCUACGACUCAGUUGCCAGGUGGGGUAGGUUCGCCCCGGCACUACGGCGGAGUGAGUAAGGAACAACCUCUUCUUUCACCUAGUCAUCCACAUUCGGGUUGCAACCCGGCAACACCGACUCACAAUCAACACAACGUAACGAAUACCCAACAACACUUCUCCAACCAACAACAUUCUUCUAUGAUAUACCACACGACCGCCAAUACUAUCAACACAGCUGACAUGCAGAACAAUCAGUUCUGUUACGAUCGGACGUCUGUUCCACUCUAUUCGUCAGGGCCUGGGGACACGCAGGACGCCAGGCCUUUGCCUCCCGGUAAUCCUGUCAAUCACCAAUUGGGUGGAAACGCUAGCAGCACUUCGGAGUUCGUGAGGCAAGAAUUGAGAGCGAUCGUUGGCGCACGAACGCAACAGCAGCAACAGCAAAGGGUACCUAACAACAUUCAAAACAACCUUUCUGGUCAAGUAUCUCAGGACGAUCUCGAAGCACUCGGUCUGACGUUCGAAAUGUCUUCUACAGGUGAGGCUGUGGUUAGCGAUGGCCCUGCCAAGAGCUGGGCCAUUGGGAGUGCCGGAAGUGCCCCCUCGUCCUCCAGGACUUCUAUGGAGGAAGUGGCUCGAGGUGAUCCGAAGGUGAACCAGUCGUCACUGUUACAGAAACUGUUGUCCGAGUGACUGCCGGCCAACGCUUUGCACGGUAAAGGAAUCUAUGUAAUAUACGUUUGAACGCGAAACCAGAGACAGGAAGAAAGAAAAAGAAGCCAAGGAACGUGAGAACGGAAAAGGAAAGGGAGAAAGGAAAAGGGAAAAAGGCAAAGAAAGAUAAAGAUGGAAAGGAAAUCGAUCACACAUACACGCAUGUACACCCUAUACGUAAUGGAUACUAAUUGUAUUAUAUGUAAACGCUGCAUCACACGAAGUCAGUAUUCAGAUACGUAUCACCAAAUACAAUUUCGAAGGAGGAUAAAGAAAGCUAGACCGCUGCGCCGUGCUCUCCGUGGCCUCUAUGGCGUUGGAACAGCUCGAAAUCGCGGAGCAUGUCACGGAAUGUCGACCAGUGCAUCGACGUUAAUCUCAUUCGAACUCGAAGGACCAAAAGUUUCCGUUUCUCGUUUGGCUGUGUCGAGAUUUUUCGGUGAUCGUAUUAGAUUGUCCUCGGCCUCGUUAACGUCGAGACGAGACCGUCUCGGUUUCAGUGAGGAAUGUACGAGGAGCCCGUGGAUCGGUGUUGGCGAACGAUCGAAGCACGACAGCGGAUCGAAAUUCGUGAAUUUUAAAUGUAAAACAAGAAGUGGAAUGUUGAUAUCGCGGUUCGUUGAACAUAGGUUGGAAAUAGGGAUGGGGCGCGG